AUGUUCGUCAUCUCCGGCGAGGCAGGGACAUGGGCGACGGCCGUGGUUGUCCUCGGUGGCGCGCUGGCCGCGGCGGAUCUCAUCUUCCGCACCACUACCUCGCGCCAUCACCAUCAUCGGGAAGAGGGACAGGUGGCCGCUGCACUCCGUCUCUCCCUCAUGUGCUCAGGUAUCCCUAUGUCUGCCACCCUUCUCAGCUCAAUCUCUUCUCCAGCCGUCGCACUUGUCUUCUCCUUCUCCCUGAGGUUUUCUGACCUGCUAAAUUUAGUCGCAGUUAAAGAUGUUGAUGUUGAUACUGUUUUGUUGCUUAACUCAUGUAACAAGACAGACGUCCAGUUCUUGCCAAUAUCUGGUCUUUGUGGAGCCAAUAUGAAGACCAGGAUGGAUAAAAGCAUUUGUAGCUGGUGGGAUGGUCCUUGCCUUUUUGAAGUUCUAGACCGUAUCGAAGUUCCUUUGCGUGACCCCAGGGGUCCUGUAAGGAUGCCAAUAAUUGAUAAAUAUAAAGAUAUGGGCACUGUUGUAAUGGGGAAAUUAGAGUCUGGGACUAUCAGGGAGGGUGACAGUUUGUUGGUUAUGCCGAACAAGUCAAACGUGAAAGUCAUUGGUAUAAACUUGGAUGAGAAGAAAGUACGGCGUGCUGGACCUGGUGAGAAUGUUCGCGUAAAACUGUCUGGAAUUGAAGAGGAUGAUAUUAUGGCUGGUUUUGUGCUUUCAAGCAUUGGCUAUUUUCACUGCUGGCUACAAGGCAGUGUUACAUAUCCACUCUGUCGUUGAGGAGUGUGAGAUUGUUGAUCUCAUAGAGGAAAU